CAAAGUUGUUGCUAAGCAUUUCUCCAUUUUGUUAGUGUACAAACAAUCUAUUGAUAGAGGAAAGCAUUACAUUUGGGACAUCGGUUAAAAUGGGAGUCGAUUAUUACAGUAUUUUGCAACUUAACCGCAGUGCAACCGAUGCUGAUAUCAAAAGACAUUUCAGGAAGUUGGGUUUGAAGUUUCACCCUCAGAAGAACCCAGAUGAUCAAGAGGCAGCAGACAAAUUUAAACAGGUUGCAGAGGCCUAUGAUGUUUUAUCAGACCCUAGGAAAAGAGCAACGUACGACCAGUUUGGAGAAGAAGGUCUGAAAAAUGGCGUCCCACCAGGCAGUGGACACGCUGGUGCGUGGACUCAAGGUUACACUUUCCACGGCAACUGUGACAAGGUCUUCAGAGACUUCUUUGGAGGAGACAACCCAUUUCAAGAAUUUUAUGACCGUGUUGAUGGAGACUUGAGCAUGGGUUUCGGAGGUUUGCAAGGCCGUGGUAGCAAGAAACAAGAUCCUCCAAUAGAAAGAGAUCUGUACUUGUCACUAGAAGAGGUAUUCCAUGGAUGUACAAAGAAAAUGAAAAUAUCCAGGAGGGUUAUGAAUGAGGAUGGCCAUACAUCGAGCAUUCGUGACAAAAUCCUAACAAUCACUGUAAAGAAAGGCUGGAAACCUGGAACAAGAAUCACAUUCCCAGAAGAAGGAGACCAAGGACCUAACAAUGUCCCAGCUGAUAUAGUAUUCAUUGUAAAAGACAAACCCCAUCCCAGCUUCCGUCGAGAGGGCAUCAACCUGAUUCACACAGCAAAAGUUCCGCUGGGCAAAGCUUUGACUGGAUGGACGGUGGAUAUUCACACACUGGACGAGCGCAUCCUUCACAUCCCCAUCAAUGACAUCAUCAAACCUGGGUACAAGAAAGUAGUACCAGAAGAAGGAAUGCCUAUUUCAUCAAACCCAUCAGAGAAAGGAGACUUGAUAAUAGAAUUUGACAUUGUCUUCCCAUCAGCACUACCACCUCAGGGAAAAAAUCUCAUCAAGGCUGCAUUACUACACCAAAAUUAACACAUUUUGAUUGACAUUAUGUACAUAUUUUUUAAUGACAAUUGUGAACAGUCUUGAUAUUGCAGGGUUUUAUUUCUGAAAUCUGACUCGACGCCCAUGGUAUGGACUUAUAAAAAGUUUUAAUCACUCACUUCCAAAGCAUACAUGUGAUUAACUUUCUUUCUUUGCAAAACAUUAAAAUGAAGGAUUUUGACAUUCAAAUUGGAAUUAUUAUUUUUUUUCCAAUUCAUAUUCAGACAAAAAGAAAAGAAAGAAGUUUUGUGGUUUGGGAAAUACUGCCAAAUAUAAAUAUACUUCGACUGGUGAUAAAGCUCUGUGGUGAAUAAAAAUUCAGAGUAUAAAAUUCCUGCAAGCAUGUGCUGUUAAGAUAAAGUUUUAAUGUGUCUCCUUUUACUAAAUUGAACUUUUUAUAUGAAUCAUGGUGACAGGUUACCUGAAAAACACAAGAUUAGUAAAAGUACUCUGCCAUCCAAUGGCAAAAACUACUAACUGAAUUGUUAAUUUUUUUUUGAAAAAAAGAUAGUUGUUGUGCCCACUUAAGGACUGGUUAAUAUUGCAGCAGCAACAUUUAUUGCUUAAACAUUGUCUUUUUUGUAAGUGAUUUUAAGCAAAUUUUAAAAAUUAUUUUAAAGAGGAAAAUUGAAUUGGUUAGUAGAGGUGUAGGGUUCUGGCUUUAUCAUAAUGAAGAUUUUACCAACAUAUUUGGUUUUACACAUUGCACUACUCUUUGCAAUAAUCCAUUGAAGAAUAAUUUAGACGUAAGUUAGUUUUACAAAAAGGAGAGAUACAAGGUUUUGCCAUUAGACGACACAACUCUUAAAAACAUUUCUAUUUGUAAUUAAUACUGGGUCAAAACGUAUUAAUAUCAUAUUGAAAACUCGCUUUUUAAUUCUUAAUGUUUUAUGUUUGGCAAUCUGUGAUAAUGUUUCACCAUGUUUAUAUACCAGUAUAUUCUGUGUAGACAUAUUGUAAAUAAAGUUCUCUGUUGUU